UAGCGUCGCGCGAGUUAAACUGAAACCGGCCAGUGCACUCGAUAAAUUUACGUCGGUCAUACGGUUGCUCGUACGCGCGUUGGAUUCCAACGCUGUUGGAAGUCGUUUCUCGGUUAUCGUUUUCUUCGAAUUCGCCUGAGCGUCGUGUUUGCUCGCAAGACAGAAAUAAGCAGAAUUUUAUUCGAACGGUAGACGACGAACGAAAACGGUGCACAGUGAUUUACUCGAGUGAACAGUUAUUCGGUAAAGCUACGCGAUUACGUAUAUAUAAUUCAGAUUGUAAUUCUUAUCGAACGAAUAACGCAUUGAACAUUAUUUGAAUUUUGUACGUUGAUAAGAAUUUCACCCAUCUCUGAGUCGAAAAAAUGACGUGCUACCGGGAACACGUGUGAGUGAUCCGCGUACAUUUCGACGCGUGUGUCAUCGCUAGAUCAAUUUCCAGUGUGUUAUCUAUGCUCCAAUGUGUGCGACGGCAAGUCAGACCUAACCUCGAAAUUCCGCAAACUGCACUCUGGUUCACAAUUACACGUUUCCUGGUGUUGUCGUGUCUCAACGAUAUCGUGUUAAACGUACGUAGGUGUCAGGUAUAAUAUCCUGGAUCGGAUAAAUUUUUCGUGCUUGGAAAUCAUCGGUGGAUCAUCCGUGACAGUGAUGCGUGAAUUGUGACGAUGUCCAUUUAACAGUGGCUGUAUCAAUCUGAAAUGGAAUCGUCGCAUCGUUGGUGUAUUUUGUGGCUCACAAUGUAAAACGAAAACAACAUUUGGCCGAGGAAUGUUAUAAUUAGUAGUGCGCAUAUAUGUCAAUUAUAAACAAUAUGUACCUUACAUGCUACGAAACAUGGUGAGGCAACCUUAAGGUGAAAUGUUCCGUAGUUUACCAGACAGGGUGGCAGGGCUGUACUAUGGCCAUGGCCUGUUUUGCUCUUCUCAUCCAUUUGCUGUUAUUUCAUUGGCAAUCUCGAUUAUAUUACUAUGUUGCUAUCCUUUAGUCAAUUUGCCCAUGCCUGGCAAUGCACCAAGGACUGUAAUCAAUCAUACUGUUGUGCCUGAAAACAAUACGGAGAACUCUGCAUUUUAUGUGCAACAAGUAGUGUUGAGAACUGCAGUUGUUCCAUGGACAGAAGACUUAACAUUAAUGGAUGCCUUUCGGGGUCCACUUUAUGAAGUUUUUAAUCUCUUAGAGAUUAUACAAAAUUACCAGCAUCCAGAAACAUUGAAAACACUUGAUCAAGUGUGUUUACACAUUGAAGCAAUUAAGAAAAGAAAUGGUAAAAAACAGGAAAUUUUGCCAGAAUACAAUUGCCUUGUUCUUUCACCUGCUAACUUAUGGCAGCGAAGCAUCGAAUUAUAUACACAGGAUACAAAUCUUAUAAAUACAAUAUAUUCGUAUCAGAAUCUCCAAAAGGGUAAAAUUAGUUUAGCUGAAAUAAUGUUUGGAAUGAACCUUAAAGAAACUGGAGUAAAACGGUAUCCAAUUCGUCUUCGGCAGAGAAUUUUACAAUAUGCAGUAACUAUUUUUUUAAAGGACUAUGAUCCAAACUUUAUAAAAGGGUUGCAACAUAGGCUAAAAAGUUACUAUCACCUUCAUCAAACAGAAGGUGAUAAUACUACCAAUGUACCAGUAGAUGAAAUGUUACAUAUCUUUUAUCCUGGUGAAUUUAAUUAUAGUGACUUCUUCCCACUAAUGAUGACGUUUAAUGCUCUCUUUUUCUAUGUUUAUUUUUCUGUACGAAAAAUAGAAGUAAUAAAGUCAAAGAUUGGUAUAGCAUUUAGCGCGACCAUUGCAGUGAUAGGUUCAUUAUCUAUGACUGUGGGCCUAUGCUUUUUUUUUGGCUUAACGUUAAGCUUAAGUGGAAAAGAAGUGUUCCCAUAUCUGGUGGUUAUUGUGGGACUAGAAAAUGUUUUGAUAUUGACUAAAAGUGUAGUGAGUACGCCAGCCCAUUUGGACGUGAAAAUACGCGUUGCCCAAGCUUUGGCUAAAGAGGGUUGGUCUAUUACUAAAAACCUACUUACAGAAGUGACGAUUUUAACGAUCGGAUUGUUCACUUUCGUGCCAGCCAUUCAAGAGUUUUGUAUUUUUGCCAUUGUUGGCUUGGUCAAUGACUUUUUUCUUCAAAUGGUCUUUUUUUCAACGAUUCUUGCUGUCGAUAUCAAACGCACCGAACUGUCCAAUGAGACAUCUAAAUUCCAUUUCCCGAAUGCAUCGACCAUGCGGAAACAACAAUUCACGACAACUAUAUCGAAUAGAAAGCCGAACAUCUUUCGAUCAAAGUCUCAUCCAAGAUUAAAUGGGCUGUCCAAUGGUCCAACGACCGUCAUAGCAUCAAACACGCAGAACGCUCAAACACUGGAUAAAAUUCCAAAACGUUUACGUUUAGUUCACUUUUGGGCACGGACACGAAUAUUUCAACGUGCGUUUAUGGUUUGGAUGGUUGUUUGGAUUAGUAUGAUUAUUUAUAAUUCUGGGAUUGUUGAACAUGUUAUACAUUUAAGUGAAACAUUGAAGUCAGAUUCUGAUAUCGACGGAUAUACUUUAGACAGACCUCAUUCAAACAAUUAUGUCGAAUUAAAUACUAUGAAACCACUAUCGGUACCAUCCGCUAUCAUCGACUCCAAUCAUGUGAAUAAACAGGACGACCUAGCUAAUAACAUUACCGAAGAACUAAAUAAACUAAGACCAGUGGAUUUUCCACCUUGGAAUCGAUUAUCGCUAUAUCAUUGGUCUUCGAUCCUUUCUAUGUACAAUAUUUCCGCCGCUGAUGGACGUAUAACUAUAUUACCGACAAUGAGACUAUCUCAUGCUGUAAGUCCACAACUGGUCAAACAAAUUAGUAAUCCUAAUGAUGUACAACAUUUUCAAUGGCAGAGUCUUGCUACUGCAGCCCUCGAUCCGUUAGACUUUUCAGACAUGGAGUUACCAACUAGAUCUGAAGGUCGCAGUUUUAAAGCAGACGCUCCUUUCAUUCCAUCGAGUCCAAUGGAAAUAUUUUUGGCAGCAGUACUUUGUCUCAUAAGCGUUAUUGUUGUUGCUUAUACAAUGGUUGUUCUUUAUCGUUGUAUUUGCUCGAGAAACUAUGCCGAAUGGCGAGCUAGCUGGCACCAACCAGAAAAAGCCCAUGAUUCGGCAACACAACUAGUUCUAGAGGCAUUGCCGCUAGUCCUUGAUGGGCACACGCAGGAAGUAGAAUGCAUUGCUACAGAUAGCAACACCAUCGCUAGCACCUGCUUAGCUGGCCACAUCAGGGUAUGGGAUGCAACGUCCGGUGAGCAACUAGCUCACAUUGAUAGAAAACAGUUUUUUAGCAGUCCCCGGAAAAACUUGAAUCAAACGACACCAGAUAUGGACGAGUUAAUGUCAGAUUACGAAAGUGGUUCACCACCCUCGAGAGGAGAAAUGGAGAACACUAAUUCGUUUGGGCUAUACUCCUCUAUCCACUGCAGAAAGUCAUCUCCUGGAUUAUGCAAUUCGCAAAGAGGACAAAAUAGUAAUAGUAAUAAGAGACAUUCUAUGGGGAAUACGUUCGAUUAUGAUUAUCAGCUGAACGAAUUUGGCAUGGAAAAACAAAAAAAACUUCGUAGAAGUUUAGACAAUGCUUAUGAUAUUCCCGACUUAAAGUCCACGAUUAAUAUCAAAUUUUCGUCCAUGAAACACUUUCGAACGCAACUAAAUUAUGAAUCAGGAUUCGAUUUUGGUGACCAGUAUAAACACCUUGUCGAAGAACAUAACAAGUCUAUAAAUAAACUACAGAAGUCCGAAAGUUUAGAGCAGUUAUGCAUGCCUAGUGGAAGAUUAAAUUCUUCUGGUUUUCUAGAUAGCAUAUCCUCAUUGAAUACAGAUAGAACCACGCAAUUUUCACAGGUGAUAUCUCCUAUCUGGUGUAUAGAUUAUCAAGAAAAUCUUAUAGUAGUAGGAUGUGCCAACGGAAGUUUAGAAUUUUGGGAAGGCACUACAGGUAGAUUCAAGUGUUUAUUUGACGAUGGAUCGGGGCUUGGGAUAUCCGCCGUUAAAUUCGUCGGCAGUAGAGUAGUAGCAGCUAAGUUAAGCGGUUCUGUUGACUUUCUGCAGUUAGAGAGUUACAGUGAAGGUCAACAAAUUGAUUGGGGUUUCACCUCGUAUAGAAGAACUCAUGUUCGAACGGGAAGUGCUGGCUCACCUAUGGAUAUAAAUAACAUCAUGCAAUCUGAAGAAGACCUUCGUUGUAUGAAAAUUAGUUCUCAUAGAGCUCACCAACAAGCAAUAACCGUGCUUGACAGUGAGGGUGGUCGUGUCCUAACUGGCAGUCAGGACCAUACUCUUAAAGUAUAUAGGUUAGAGGAUCAAUUGCUAUUAUAUACUCUUCAUGGGCACAGUGGUCCCAUAUCUUGUCUGUUUAUUGACAGGAUGAGUCCCAUGACAUCCGGUAGCGGAUCUCAAGAUGGAAUGCUAUGUGUUUGGGAUCUUCUAACUGGAACAUGCAUGUAUAGUAUACAGGCUCACGAUGGUGCGGUGGCAGCUAUUGCAUGUUCCGUGUCUUAUGUGAUAAGCAUUGGAACUGACGAGAGGUUAUGUGUGUGGGAACGGUUUCAGGGACACUUACUACAUGCUCUUCCAGCACACAGAUCAGCGUACAGUUUACAGUUAGUGAUGCUAACGCAUCAUCUACUCAUCACUAGCAAUCAGGGAUCACUAGUAGUUUGGGAUGUAAGGACAGGAGAACCCGUACGCGAAGUGAGGUUGGGUCACAAGGAUAGCUGUAUUUUCGUUAAACAAAUGUUAGCGUUAAGGGAUAGCGUAGUUUGCGAUUUCGGAAGACAAUUACGAAUAAUCAGGUUCCCGCUGGUCUCUGACAAGUUAGAUUAAGAUCUGUAUAUGCACUUUGUACAUAGUUGUUUCGGUUUUCUUUUCUUCUUAUUUGAUUUUAAUACUUGCGCAAAGUCUUUCGCCUUUGCCUGGAAAUAUAGAUUUUUACACGAUGUACAUUUCAUAUUUUAAAUCGUUGUACACAAUUUUAAUAUAAAUGUUUUACAUUACUGACUACGUCGUAGUCGCGCCUUAAUAUUUAUACUCCAUUGAGAUAGUAAAUAAAUUACGCUUGUCCUCUUCAAUGAGGAAUGUAUACAGAUCUUAAAUCGAAUCGAUACGGUGGCACGAGUGCGCUGCGGGAAUGUGGAAUAAAAAGCUGAGGACAGUGACGCGUGCUAUGGAAAAUUCAUAUUUUUAGAUAAUUAAACUGGAGAAUGAAGUAACUCCGGUAUCUCUGUACAUUGUCUUAGAAGAAUGGCUGUGCUACAUUUUGAAGCAUCUGUUUACUUUCGUGACGCAAUUUGGAAGCAUUUCCGUAGCGUCGGUCAUUUUUUAUGUAAAUUGUUUCGGAACAAAUUGAUAAGCUCUAAUUGAUAUUACGAUAAGUAGAAAACUGCAUUUGUUAAACCGGUGCUGUUCCAUGACACGGAGGUGCUGGGUCUUCGCUUCUGUGUUGUAAAAACGAGUCCGUGGCAAUACUGAUUAAUCGUGAAAUGUAAACAAUUAGAAUGUCACUACUUACAGUGUCAUUGGAUUAAAAAAUGUAUCUAAUGUAUCAGUUUAACAAAAUUAAGGCCAAAAGUUUGACUGAAUUCAGCACGUCAAGUAUUUAAACUUGAAAAGUUUUAAGAUGAACGUCGCGAAGUUUUACGUUAAUUAUAUAGUGAAAUUUCCUUCUUUGUACAUAUGUAACCUGGUUACAUGUAUCACGGUCUAAGAGUGCCUUUAUUCGAUUUUAAUUUAGUCCGAUUAAGUGAAAAAGUGUUGUAGUAAUGGAAUAUAAAAAUUGAACAAAUAGAUCUCAGUCUUCUGGUUUGUAGCAGAUUCUAAGUAAUUUUGAAGAAGACUUAAACAAACUCGCUGUAUGCUAAAUGGUGACACAUUUAGAUCAUUGAUCUGCAGCUGUUAAUUGAAGAGUAUUUAUGUUUGCCAACAAUAGUUCUCUUCACAUUGUUAGGAUUAAUACUUGGAAUGGAAUGAUUCAACUUUUAACAUCUCCUUUACUAAACGUUCAGUCUUGUUUAGCUGUAGCAGUCUAUUUUUGUAAGAAGAAUAAUUCUCUCAAGCAAGUUAAGAUAUGUUAUAUAUGUCAUGAUACACACAUAAAAUAUCUUGUUUCUUCACGAUACAUAAUAGUUCAAAGAGAAGCCUGUACAUUUUACGAUACAUUUAGAUAGUACAGCGAAAUGUACAAAGAAAAUUAUGACCAAGUCCGUGUGAAAAGUUAUAUAGAUUCAUUGUUAAAAGAAAGUGUUUAAUAUUUCACGAACAAUUCUUAAUAAUUAACUGGAUGUCUAUUUGAAUGAAAUUUUCAAAGCGUUGUUUUUACCAUGACGGAAUACGAAUGUUGUCUAAUUUGCAAGAAAAUGGAGUGAACUAUUUAACUGAACGCAAAUUUCUAUGCUUCCAAUGAUGUAAUACUUGAUAGUAUACGAACAGCUUCCAAUGAAGUACUAAAUCUUUAUGCGAUUCGUUAAAAAAGAAGAAACAAAAUUUCUAAUCCUAUCAUUUUCAUAAAACAGUCCAAGGGAUUUGAAAAUUUCCAUGCAAAUAUUUCCAGUCAAUGUUAGAGCAUACUUUCUGCAAUUAAAGUUUAAUAUGUGUGAUGCGAAAUGAAUGUUACAACGCAAUCGUCUGUACGCCUUUAGACUGAACUGUAAGACGAUUUACAUCGACGAGUCUCGUUUUAGUUUCUGAUGACCUGUUCGACGUAACUUGUACUUGUGAUCAUGGUCAUUGAUCUACUAAUAUAGAUAUAUAUUUAAAAAUAUAGAUGUGUAUAUUUAUAUAUACACAUGUAUAUUCUUAACCAAAGUUGUUAAUCAUAUCAAGUCAUGGCACGCUUGCUCAUGUGGGAGUUAAAUCAUGAAAAACAGUAAAAAAGAAAAAUAUCUAAAGUGCUUUUAACGGCGCAGCUGGUUGGCUAACGAUCAUUUAGAAGUCCGAGUGAUUUUUAUAUUUAUUUAAUUAAUUUAACAUGUGUAAAUCUCUCAUACACCAGAUAUAUUGUUCUUAAUAAAUUCUCACAUUUACUAAAUCUUGAUUUCCUUUUGUUCCCGUGAUCUCAUUGUAAUUCUAAUAUUUUAUUUUGUUCUUUUCUUUUCUUAUUUCUUAUCAUAUUAAUUAAUCACAAUGAAUUGGUUCGUAAUUAUUGACAAAUGUUUAGACUUUCCUUCCUUCCUCAUAAAAUAACAGAAUAAUGGUGAACGGAAGUUACCGACUGAGCAGAUUUGCGCUUAAAAAUAGAAACAGGUAAUAAUCAUGUUAUCAUUAUAAUGCACACUGUAUUUUUUUAAUAAUUCAAAUAAAAUAAAAAUGGCAAUGUCAGUAGACCAAUCACGGCGUAAAGAAUAUUUGUGAUGUUAGAAUGGUAAUUUUAAUAAAUUGCAGCUAUUUGUUUUCUGUU